CACCUGGCGUCCUUUAUAAAGUGCUAAAUAAACCUUACUCUAAAGUCCGAGUACUUCUUGACAUCUUAGUACGACAACGGGCGACCGACCUUUAUGUAGCAUCAAUUCUCGAGGGUUUGUUUUUUCCCGCUAAAAAAGUAUUUGACACACGAAUGCUUUCAACCAAUGAAAUUUAACCAAUAGCAAUAGUUUGUCCUUGGAUUUCGAUAGAGAUCGCAUGACUAGUGCCCUUCAUUCGCGCGACGUGGGCUCAGGAGUUUACAACAAUGGCGGCGCCUGGCCGACGCACGUUACGAGACCGCGAUAUUGCGGAAAUAUUAAAUAACUCCGAGUUUGAAGACUCAAGUGAGGAUGAAGAAUUCAUUCAGAGACACGCUAUCAUAUAUGAAUCCCUAUCUUCAGCAUACGAGGGCUCGAGCGACAGUUCCAACAGCGCUGAUAGCUAUUCACUAAUAAGUCAGGGUAGUCCUCGUAGUCUUGGCAGAGAUAUUGGUCGUCGUGGUCGGGGCAGACGACGUGCUGGGUGUCGGAUUCGAACACGUGGUGGCACUCGCAGUCGAGGGCCGGCUCGGCCACAAGACGCUCCUUUGUGGAAACGGGAUAAGUUCGACGUUGAUUUGCCAGGUUUGUCCUCACCAUCUUACUUACCAUCCACACAGGAUCCAUCAAAUAUCAACGACUACGUGGAAGAAUACUUAGAUGAUGAAUUGUACAAAUUAAUUGUAGUAAAGUCUAACCAGACAGCUAUUCACAUAUCUGGUAAGCCUCUUAAAUUAACUAUUGAGGAAUGCAAAACAUAUGUGGGUAUUACUUUACUUAUGUCAUGCAUCAACUAUCCACAAUUGAAAAUGUAUUGGAACCGCAAAUACGCUAUUCCCAUCAUAGUUGACUCCAUGUCUCGUGACAGAUAUACUCAGCUACGGAACUCUAUGAAGCUAGUAUUUGAUCUCGAUGUCACUACUGAAAAAAAAAAGGAGGAUAAACUGUGGAAAGUUCGGCCUAUUUUGGAUCGUGUGCUCCAAGGCUGUCGUGCACAAAUCCGAGAACAAAAAAUAUCGAUAGAUGAAAUGAUAAUUCCUUUUACGGGUGCUUGUGCCAUUAGACAAUAUUGCCCAGGAAAACCACAUCCAACUGGCUUAAAAGCUUUUGUUCUCGCGAACCCCAAUGGAAUGGUAUGUGAUAUUUUAGUGUAUCAAGGGAGCACGACAUUUGAAGAGUCUGAAAUUAAAGGUUCUUUGUGCGAAAAUGUAGUUUUAAAGUUAAUUGAGACCUUGGUGCCCGGUCAUCUCAUCUACUGUGACCGCUACUUUACAACUUUUAAACUCAUUGAAGAACUAAAUACAAGGGGGUUUAAGUGUACUGGAACUAUUAUGAAAAAUAGAAUUCCAGGAUACAUGAGAAAUGAUAUAGAGAACGACAAAUGUCUUUCACGCAAAGGUCGUGGAAGUUUUGACGUUCUAGUGCGAGAAGAUAAAGCCAUUGCCAUUACAAAAUGGUAUGACAACAAGCCUGUUUUGUUUGCUUCAAGUAUCCAUGCUGCAGACACUGUAGAUGAGGUUCAGAGAUACGACAAAAAGCUAAAACAGUACAUUUCGGUUCGACGACCACAAAUCGUCAAAGAAUAUAAUACUAACAUGGGAGGAGUGGACCUAGCAGAUAGGUUGUUGUCUGUUUGUCCGGCACGAAUUCGUACCAACAAAUGGACGGUGAGGUUUAUUUCCCACAUGUUAGAUCUCGCAAUUGUCAACUCGUGGAUAAAAUACAAACAGGAUAAUCGAGCAUGUGGAAAACCUGCCCAUAAAAUAUUGCAGUUACGAGAAUUUAAAAUGGAGUUUUCUGAACUCUUGAUAUUUAAGAAUACAUACACAGAUUUGACAGAUGUUUCUGAUACUGAAGAAGAACAAGAGUCUCGAAAACGUGGCAGACAAUUUGUGAAGCCUUUGCCUCCCAUGGUUAAACGACUUCAUGCUGCUAAUCAUUUGCCUGACAUGCAAUCAAAACAACAACGUUGCAGAUAUACCUCGUGCACCAAAAAAACAACUGUCUUGUGUAUCACUUGUAAUAUGCAUUUAUGUCUGACACCAAAUCGUAAUUGUUUUAUAGAAUUUCACAGGUCUCAUUAAGGUUUGGUUUUCCCAAAAAUUGGAUUACACAACAUUAGAUUUUUAUGUGGGUUUAAUUAUUAUUUAAAGGAUAGAGUGGUUUCUAUAUUUUGUUCCUAUUUGCAAAGAAUGAUCUCGAUUUUACCAAAGUUGUUUUUAAUGAUAAAUAA